AUGACUCCAGAGGAGGCCAAAGAUGACGUCCAACUCCGUGAUGCAGAAGGAGAUUGGAUGAACAAGACAACGUGGAGAAGUAAAGUAAGUAAAGUUUGAUGAAUGUGUUUGUUUCAUUAAACUGUUGUCUUUGUGUGCUGCUCUAUUGACCUGCAUUUUCUUCAUCUUUCAUCUCCUUAUAUUUAUCUCUAUACAAUAGACACACGCAAUAAUGAAAGUGAAGAUGAUGAGCAGCCGAAAGAAGAAGAUAAGAUGAGAACAGCAGCAAAGACGGUGAACAUGGACAAGAGUUUCAGGGCAUGAAGGUACACUGACUGCAUCCUUUGUUCUUUUCUUUCAGAAUGUAAUCACUUCUUAAAGAUUGGUCUCUACAUACUUUGGUGGAUAUCAAAGGAUUUUGUAUUUUAAUAUUUUUGUCUUUUCAUUAUAGUUUAACAAGUGUAAGAGUGGCCUCCUAACACAGCAGUUAUCCAGCUGGUGAUUGAAGAGGACAGAAGAAACUCUGGAAGGAGAGAUCCCUGAGGUCUGCUGACCGGAUGGUCUUAGAUGUGCCGAGAACCCAGCUUAAAAGCAGAGGGGAUCAGGCAUUCGCAGUUACUGCUCCCACUCUGUGGAAUGCCCUGCCUCAGUCUGUGCGUUCUGCAACCAGCCUCACCUCCUUCAAAAUGCACCUUAAAACCUACCUGUUUACCCUAGCUUUUGGUUGAGUUGUCACCUGCUUUUACUCGCGUACGCUUUUCUUUUAUUGUUGUUAUUGUAUGUUGCCCUUUUAAUGUUGCCAUACUUGUAGCUUUUAUUAUUUUAUGUUUUUUUCUCCUGUAAAGCACUUUCUCUGGCCUGUCCUAUAAAUGUGCUAUAUAAAUAAACGUGAGUUGUGUUUUCGAAAGAUGAAAGUUCUUGAACCCUUUGCACACACUUACAGCCUGUCUCCUCACAGCUUUUUAAAUUAUUUGUAUUGGAUACCAUAUCAUAUGUGCAGAGAAGAAGAAAAGAAGAGUUCAGAAAAACACAAGAUUAGUAAAAUAUUAAGACUGAUGAGGCUGUAAAACUAAGUUCUUAAAUACAAACUGAUUUAUUCUCAAGUGGUUUGUUACAGUCACUAGAGGACGCUUUAUGUUUAGUGCUGAGUAUGCUUUUAAACAGUCUUUAUUAUUAUGUCAGCACUGUGGGUCAGCUCAGGUGAAAGAAAAACUCGUCAUAGUUCUCAGGUGUGUUAGGGGUUAAAAAAACUGUGGCUGAAACCACAACAGGAGUUACUAAAAGAAAGAAAGAACGAAAGAAAGAAAGAAAGAAAGAAAGAAAGAAGGGAGGACAGAUGGCCGGAAGGAAGGGGGGUAAAAAAAAAAGCCUAAACACUUAUAAUCAUUUUUACUCAAGCUCCUUGUGUUAGUAAUCAGAAGGCAUGAAUCCUGUCUCUUCUGCUGAUUAUUCAACACCUUUACUGGCCAAACUACAAAAUGAUUUAUAACCAAAGAAAGAAAAGAACUGGAAGAAAGAAGGACAGAAAGAAAAAAAAAUAUGAUCAACUUUAUCUAUCAAAUACUGUAAACUAGAAGUCUUCAUCCUAGUUAAACAUUUUGUGAUAGAAAGGUAAUUAAUUGUUUGGUAAACUGCUUUGGCAGAAGUAUUAGGCACUACUCGUGAUAAUAAAAACAAUUCAAACAUGGAUUAAGGGAGGAAGAAAGAAGAAAGAAAUGUUUAAAAGAAAGAUACAAAGAAGAGGGAGAAAAUAAAAGAAGAAGGGAAGAUAAAAAAUGAAGCAACUUUGCCCUCAUGAUCAUUAUUUUUAUCAGAGCUUUUUCUGAGUUACAUGAAUGAUCCUGAUCCUGUGUCUUCUGACACUCAGCGAAAACAUAAAAAGAAAGAAAGAAAGAAAGAAAGAAAGAAAGAAAGAAAGAAAGACCUUUUAAUCAUGUUUGAUUUAUUAACAGUAUUGUGUGAAGGAUAAAAAAGUCUUUUUUAUGCAGCUGACAUCCUUAUUCACAUAUCUGUAUGCAAGUGGAGUUAUAAAUCAGUUCUAUGUCAUGCCAACAUCACUGUAGGAUAAGAUUCAUUCUAAUCUUAUAUCAUAAGUCUCAGUCUUAUCUUAAUGUACCAUAAGCAGAGCACCUUUUGUGGUGCUCUGCGGUCGGGCGAGUGGUCGGGGCAGAGGGUGGCCACAGAGGAGGAGAAAUUGGAGUCUGAGUCCACUUCAUUCCCUGUUACAGACUCUGGAUUCUGUCACAGUGAGAGCUGCUCUGAUGCAUCUUCAGUCCCUUCAUCAUCAGCCACAUUCACAUCAUUCAUGAUUGGUGACCUGUUCACAUUUGUCCUCCUAAAUGAAAAAGAGGGUAGGGUGAAGGUGUGCAAUGGCUCCUUUUACUGUCACCUGCAGUACGAGCGAAUUUCACAGGGUGACAGUGAGGAGCUGUAUGCAUUUGGUGCGUUUGCUGGGCUGCACACUUUGGAUGGAGACCUAUCCCUGCAGGUAUGAACUAAAGGGUUUAUGGAUAUAGACACUGUCCUUUACAACAUGUCUCACCUGUAUCCUUCCUUCUUCAGGUGUGUGCACUCGUCCGUUGUGCAGGGUCGGACCCAAGCUCCUGUGGACAAGGAGUAGAAGAAGCUGAGACCAAAAUGGACUUUGUGAUGGUGGGGAAGUUUGGAACCAGAUAUGUGUACCCGUCAGUUUUGGCGAGUCAAAUGGUUUUAGAGGAAGUAAAGCAUUUUGACAAAUCUGCAGAUGGAAGAGUGACUUUAAAACACUCAGACAUGACUGCUGGACUGGUGACCGCCUGUCUGUACGGACAGAUGUAUCACCUGGACCAUGAAUAA